GUUGAGGAAGAGACAAAAGCUAUGUGCUGGGCAUGGGCUGUUUUCUGGUGUCACAGCCACACAGUGUUGGGACAGGACCUUCCUGGAGAGAGCAGGUGGGGCUUAGCCUCACACCACCCUCCCCACUCAGGAGCCUGCUUCCAAUUACACCCACAGGCGGAAACUCUGGGAGCGGACACGAAGCAACACCUAAGCCCCCGGGACCUGCUUGCCUGGAACAUCUGACCCACCCAGGACAUCAUAGCUUCCUGCCCCAGCCCCUCCUUGGGUCCCACAGGCCUUGGCCUUCUCUGUUGGUCUUCAGGCCUCUGAUUGGAGGGCUGACCAAAGACCCUGCCCCUGGAUGCAAGCAGCAAGUAAGGCGGAGAAACUGAGGUAGAGAUGGGGAAUUCUCAGCCACAUUCCAGUAGUUCCUAGGGGUCUCUGAGUGUCAUGUGGUUAGCUGUCUGUCCAACCAGCCUGGAAGCUGGGCAGCCUUUCAGGAACAGCCAGGAAGUCUGGGCAUGGUGACGCACACCUGUGAUCCCGGCACUCAGAAGACUGAGACAGGAGGAUCACAGUGAGUGCAAGGCCAGCCUGGCCUACACGGUGAGUUCAAGGCCUGCCUAGAACUACAUAGUGAUGCUGGCUCAAAAAUCAUGAAAAAAAAAAGAAAUGAAACACCAGCAAAGCUGUGAGCCUCCUUCCUACUCCCUGGUGGGACAAAGCACUUCCUUCAAUGGGAACUUCAAAUCCUGUUUAGGAGAGUGGUCGAUCUAAACAUGAAAUUAAAACAUGUUGAGCAAGGAGCUGGCAGAGGAGGCCAGCAAAGCUCUGGGUGAGUGGCCCCUGGACCCCGGGAGGGGACGCUGGGCCUCCCUAGAACAGGAAGCCUAGGAGGGGCCAACUUAACCCUGUAGGGCUCUGGAUCCAGUUCAAACUGCAAGCUGGCCCUCCAAGGACCCCCACCUACCACCCCGGAAAGUAGGACCAGCUCAAGGAGAAAGGAGGGGUCCCUACAGGGGCGGGAGCAGGCCAUCAUGAAGACAGCUCUGGCAGAGCUAGCAGGAGUCUGGCUGGGCUAAGGAAUGCAGAGUAAGUUCGCCCAUCACUUGAUUUUUAUUUUUCCCAGCUGGCUGGAGUGGCCAGGGGCGGGAGGUGUCGGGAAGGGCUGCACCAGACUGCUCUAGGAUGAGACUCGGCUCCCCACCCCUGCCCCGCCAGCCCCAGCUUGCCCUGGGACAACUAAGUACACACACCCCCAACCCAGCAAGUGUUUGGCUGACUCACUACAUAAACAGGGUUUUGGGUUUUCUUUGUCUUUGCUCUGUUUUGGAUGGAAGCAAGCCCUCCCCCUCAACUCUGCAGCCUGUGUGCAGCUCUGAAGAUGCCCCACCAGAUGUCUCUCCUGGCCAGAGAAGGAAGGCGAGAGGUGACAAAGUGCAGAUUUACAGGUGAAGAAAUAGAGGCUCAGAAAGGUAAAGGCACCAGCAGAGAGGUGGAUAUGGGAUUUAAACUCGGGUCUGCUUGGCACCAGUGUGGAUCCUCUUGGUCACAGCAAAGGACACUGGAGACACCGCCGCGUCCUGACUGAUCCCUGGCAAGAGCAUCGAGGCCAGGGAUCGAACUCCGAACCUUAAGCUUGCUAGACAGGUGGCGAAACCACUGAGCUAAAUUCUCUACCCGGCCUAAGGAAGUCUCUAACAUAGCUCAGGAUGGCUUCGAAUUCGCAGCGAUCCUCCUGCCUCAGCCUCCCGAGUGCUGGGAUUACCGGCGUGUUCACGUCUGGCUAAAAGUGGCCUUUCUGGAGUAGUUGUAAAGUUCAAAUGAGUGAGGUUUUCAGCAGUGCUGGCAGUCGAGCCUGGGGCCUCAUGUAUGCUAGGUAAGUGCUGUCACCAAGCUAUACCCCUGCACCAUCUCAUUUAAUUCUAAUAUUCCUGUGAAGUAGCAACUAUUAUUACUGCCACCUCCAGAAACCAGGACAUUGAGGCUUAGCAGUAACACAUCCAAGGCCACACAGUUACUAAGUAGAAGAGUCAGAUCUGUUUUGAUCCCUUCUUUCACUCAGUCAGGAGUGAUUUGGUGAGUGUGCCUACUGUGAAAUGGCCCUGUGGUCCACAGCUGGGGCUUGAUGUGUGGGAGAAUAAAGAGAUCUGAGCAGUCAAGGAUCUGGGAAGGCUAUGGCAAGAGGAGACACACAGCUGGACCCUGAAGGAUGAGGAAUUGUUUCCAGAAGCUGAACAUUUGGCUGGACUCGUCUGCCCAUCUCUGGGCCAGCUUGCAAUCCAUUCAUCACUCAAACACCAAGGCUGCAGGGCAGUCUGGCGUCAGGGAAAAGGACUGCUACUUCCAGGCCAGUGAUAAGAAAGGAAAAUUCUUGCCCUAAGAAGGCCACGUGGUCCUGACAUGUUUCAGAACCCAGAGCCCAGGGAGUAGCCCAGAGGAUUGUCCCCUUUGUCCCUCAUUUUCCUCAGUGCAAAGGGCUCUCCUGUCCUCUUCCCAGGGGCCAGCUCCAGAGGCACUGCUCCCUGCCCUUGGGAGUGCUCAGAAAGGGCAUCGAGGAGGCAGUCACUGAAAAAUCCCGUCUUAGGGUCUGAAAGGCGCUCACAGAGCCACGUGGGAACUGAGGAUACCCACUUGUCCCGUGGUGGGGGAUAUUAAGGAAGGUGCCCCUGAAGAAGUAUUUGAAUGGGAUCGAGAAAGAUGAGUAAGUUUGGGAGUGGGAUAGGUGAAGUCAGCAGGAUUCCAGCUGGAUUCAACUGGAGUUGGGAUCACCAUCACUCCUGGGCGACUUCAUCAGGGUAUGUACUAUGGGGUAAUAUCGGGGCUCCCUCAGUGAGUGAGUGUGAGGUUUAGACCACCCAGGUUCAUGUUUAGUGGCUGGCAGAUUAAGGAUGAAAAACAUAGGUUAACCAACGUUGGUAAAGAACAGCUACCCCGCAAGUGCAGUAAAGCACUGCAAUCUUGUGCGUAGCAGGUGAGGAAGGGAGUGUGGUGAGAAAUGCCAGGGGUGAGACGAGGUACGAAUGCGAAAGCCAGGAUAAAAACCUAACAUUAAGGUAUCACACAGAGGAACCAAAGUAUCGGCGAGGCAGGAAUAAGCGGCCAGCGGGAAAGUGGCGGCACAAUCCAGAAGGGAGGCGGGCAAACACCACCGUUGUUGCCUUUUGUCUUCAAGCAGGCCAGGACCUGGAGCUUGAUUUGUCCAUCUGUUCUACGGGCAGGGGGUGAAAUGAAAGAGGAGGAAGAACAACUUUAGUCUUUCCCGCCCACUCGGAGUUGGUAGGGUCCAGCGUGACCGGCCUCGCCUGGUGGACUCCACUUCCCAGUAUGCAUCACGGAUCGGUGCGUAGCAGCGGCGCCUGACGUCAGGGGAGGGAGCUGGCCAGUGCUGAGGGGGCGCGCCGCGCAGGGGCGCGGAGCCGGGCGGCUCGGGGCCCAGAGAGCGCCGCGGCCGGGAGCCCGCCGGCCCCUGACAGCCCCCUCCCCCCGGCCGACGACGACGACGACGAGGGCGCGGGUCAUGGCGGAGCAGCGAACCCGGCACAAGCCCUGAGCACCGCGGCAUGGAGCGGGACGAAAGGCCGCCUAGCGGAGGGGGAGGCGGCGGAGGCUCGGCGGGGUUCCUGGAGCCGCCUGCCACGCUCCCUCCGCCGCCGCGCAACGGUUUUUGUCAGGAUGAAUUGACAGAGCUCGAUCCAGGCACUAAUGAGGAGACUGACAGUUUAACACUUGGCCAAGGUCACACAGCUGUUUCUGUUCCAGAUGAUCGGGCUGAACAACGAACCUGUCUCAUUUGCGGGGACCGUGCCACAGGCUUGCACUAUGGAAUCAUCUCCUGUGAAGGCUGCAAAGGGUUUUUCAAGCGGAGCAUUUGCAACAAACGGGUGUAUCGGUGCAGUCGUGACAAGAACUGUGUCAUGUCUCGGAAGCAGAGGAACAGGUGCCAGUACUGCCGCCUACUCAAAUGCCUCCAGAUGGGGAUGAACCGGAAGGCUAUCAGAGAAGAUGGCAUGCCUGGAGGCCGGAAUAAGAGCAUCGGGCCAGUCCAGAUAUCAGAAGAGGAGAUCGAAAGGAUCAUGUCUGGGCAGGAGUUUGAGGAAGAAGCCAAUCACUGGAGCAACCAUGGUGACAGCGACCAUAGUUCCCCUGGGAACAGGGCUUCAGAGAGCAACCAACCCUCACCAGGCUCCACACUGUCCUCCAGGUCUGUGGAAUUAAAUGGAUUCAUGACAUUCAGGGAGCAGUACAUGGGAAUGUCUAUGCCUCCACAUUAUCAAUACAUACCGCACCUUUUUAGCUAUUCCGGCCACUCACCACUUCUGCCCCCACAAGCUCGCAGUCUGGACCCCCAGUCAUACAGUCUGAUUCACCAGCUGAUGUCAGCCGAGGACCUGGAGCCACUAGGCACACCCAUGUUGAUCGAAGAUGGAUAUGCUGUGACGCAGGCAGAGCUGUUUGCCCUGCUUUGCCGCCUGGCCGACGAGCUGCUCUUUAGGCAGAUUGCCUGGAUCAAGAAGCUGCCUUUCUUCUGUGAGCUCUCAAUCAAGGAUUACACGUGCCUCUUGAGCUCUACGUGGCAGGAGUUAAUCUUGCUGUCAUCCCUCACAGUUUACAGUAAGCAGAUCUUUGGGGAGCUGGCUGACGUCACCGCCAAGUACUCACCCUCUGAUGAAGAGCUGCACAGAUUUAGUGAUGAAGGGAUGGAGGUAAUCGAGCGGCUCAUCUACCUGUAUCACAAGUUCCACCAGCUAAAGGUCAGCAAUGAGGAGUAUGCGUGCAUGAAAGCCAUUAACUUCCUAAAUCAAGAUAUCAGGGGUCUGACCAGUGCCUCACAGCUGGAACAGUUGAACAAGCGAUAUUGGUACAUUUGCCAGGAUUUCACUGAAUAUAAAUACACACAUCAGCCCAACCGCUUUCCUGAUCUCAUGAUGUGCUUACCUGAGAUUCGAUACAUCGCAGGAAAGAUGGUGAAUGUCCCCCUGGAGCAGCUGCCCCUCCUCUUUAAGGUCGUGCUGCAUUCCUGCAAGACAAGUGUGGUCAAGGAGUGACCUGUUCCCUGCGCCACAGAGCCUUGGGUAGGCAGGACAGGCUCAGGAGGAGAGAGCCGGAGACCAAGAUGGAGGCGUGGAGCAGUUAACCUCCAUAACGAGAAGAGUUUUUGUUUGUUUGUCUGUUUUUUUAACCUCAUUUUUCUAUAUAUUUAUUUCACGACAGAGUUGAAUGUAUGGCCUUCAACAUGAUGCACAUGCUUUUGUGUGAAUGCAGCAGAUGCAUUUCCUUGCAGUUUACAGAAUGUGAAAAUGUCUAAUGUUACAGUGUUGUCAUUGUUUAGAGAUAGUUCUUUUAUAUUUUGAGGGAGAGGGUGGGAUGGGCUGAGAUGACUAUUUCCAUGUUGACAAAGAUGACUACCUCAAUGGAAAUGGGGGUGAGACCAUCCCUACAAUUUCCACUUUUUCUCAGCAGACUUAUAUAUUUGUCUGUCAGAGAGCAAACUGCCUUUUUCUAGCCAUAUACUUGUCAAGAAAGAAUACACCAAAGGGGUGAAGUGGUGGCAGGAGAUUCACUAAGCAAGAUGGGCAAGACAUGUGGAACAGGAGAUGAGGGUUGAGCCAUCUCAAUGGAAAGCAUGAGAAUUGAGAGCAGGGCACAGGGACCAGAUGUAAAACAGGUGUCCUCUCAGCAGGUCAGACCUAAGGGCAAAAGGCUUCUGUUCUUUCUGACACUCUGCUGCCCUCCUCCUCUCCCUUCAGCACCCCUGUCCAUUUCUGCCACUGUCAACUGUUCAUCCAACAAGAACCUGGCAAUAAGUCAAUCCACAGGACUUGCCUACCUUGGGGCUCACAGCUACCUAGUUUCCUACCUGAUCUUCUAAGACCUACCCUUCUCAGACUCCUUCCCUCUCCCUUAUAAGUUUGACUUCCUCUCACCCCUUUGAAAACCUGAGCAAAAUGCCGUGUUCUGAAUCCUGAUGCCCACUACUGAUGAAGUGAUGCCCACUUCUUCUCUCACUUCUUUGCUUCAAAGGGUAGUAAGAUGAAGGCCAAGCUGCUGAAAGAGUAACUUCCUCCUUUGGAAUGCCCUGCCCCACUACCACCACCCCACCCACAGGACUCUAAAAGCUAAUUUCUUUUGUAAAUAGUGGAAAGGACUAUUCACCCUUCUGGCCAGAAAUGUUGCUCCUAAAUCCUACUCCAGGUUCUCCUAAUCUCCCCACAGUGAGACCACGUUUUUCCCAAGGCCCCAGAACUUAAAGCCUGGAGGAGCCCAGCUACCCAUUUGUGAGUCAGUACCUGGACCACCAAGGCCUGGAGGGCUGGGGCCUAAAGCACCUGGAAGGGAAGCAGGGUUUUUGUUUUGGGGGUUAUUUUUGGCACCAGGGAUCAAACUCAGGUCCUUGCACUUGCAAGGCAGGCUCGGUGCCACUGAGCUAAAUCCCCAGCCUGGGAAGGGGGAUUUUUAAACUACCUCAUAUUCCUAAGGGCCUGUCUGCUACCUCUGCAGGUUCGGCCUGCACCCCUUUUCUUUCACUGCCUGCCCCACGUCAUCCUGGGAAGUGCUCCUGCCCUUCUGGACUUUGGCAAGGGCCACACCAUGUCUGUCUUGGAGUUCUUUCAGGUGCUUUUCCCUUCUCUGCCUUAAUGCAGCAUUUGUUCCCACCCACACUCGGGCACCUCUGGCAGCCAGUGCUCCAGCCAGACUGUGCAGUGGUUGCAUCCUUGGGAGGGCUUGAGGGGCCCACAGUACUUCCUCUGGCUAUUUGGUCAAAGACUGUUUGCUCUCCCCUGACUCAGCCUAGUAAACCUAUCCAGGUGACCACCACAGUGUGCACAUACUGGGUAGUCUGGUUCUGUUUAUAAUUUUUCUUUUUGGUGAAAUGUUACGGGUACCAACCAGCAAAGAAGUGAUGUUUGUCCUUUGCUGGAUCUAAAACUCAAAGUGUUACUCCUCAAUGCCAUUUCCCCAACUGUUGUAAGAAAGAAAGAAGAGACAUGUUCCUCAGGAAAAGCUCCAACUACCACGUUUUUCAUAUGGCAAUGGGAAGAUUUAUGUGUUCGUGUGUGUCUGUUUAUUUGUUAAGUUCACAGUAUUUUUCUUGUUUUUCUGAAUUUUUUAUUUAACCAACGAGAUCAUAUUUUUUGGCCACAGGUUAGAUUCUGAGCUGCUUUCCUCAAACGGGGAAAGAGACACACAUUAGAGACCCCUUCUCUAAGACGGCUCCUGUGUGUAGCAUCUUUCCUUGCUUAGACCUCCACCUAUCAAAUUAUUAUUUUUUGAAAUUAUGUUUCAAAUUAAGCAUUUUACCCAUUGUAUUGGGUGUCAAAGGAAAUUGCUCUCUGAUUAAGCAAGACCAUGUCUCUCCGAUCAUGUAUUAUUAAACAGAGUAAGUUGUUAAUUUGUGGAGUGGGGAAAGGUUCUGCAAGUUGCCAUUGUACAGAUCCAUUUUUACAAAUGUUUGCAGCAGAUUCCACAGAACAAAGAGCCCAUUCAUUGCCGAGAGCCCUGCAGAAUCUCUAAGCCAAGUGGCUGUGUGUUCUGAGCCGGAGCCUGACCUGUGGACCGUCUUUAAUGUCUUCUGCACCCAGUCCUUUUAUGAUGUGGGCUUCUUUUAAACAGGGUAAAGUGAAUGUGUUGCAUUGCAAACUCAGGUAUUAUGAGGAGAAGGUAGGAGUGUAGCUAGCAGUGUGGAGACAUUAGGUCAGCCACUAGAUGUAUUUGUGAAUUUGGUUUGAAGGACACAGAGAAAGGUUGGAGGGGGAGGUUUGGCUUGUUUGGUUUUUGCCAUUAAUGUUUGGUUAACAGGCAGCCUUUUUGCUAGUGGAAGAAGAAAAAAGUUGUAUGUAUUGUCUCAAAUUCCUCUGUCCUCUCUCUGAUCCUAGCCACCAAAAGCACUCACUUUGAGUGAGUUUUCCACCAUAAAAAUGUGACCCUGAAAGCUGUGUGGAAAAGGAGAAUCCCACCUCCUUGCACUACGUUGAAACAUGCAAGCUUUUCCUUUCCUUUAUUAUUCUUGGACACUUUCUUAACCCUAGACAAUAGUUUGGAUUCCUGGAGCUUCAUCUCUAAUUCAUGCUGUUUGGCUCCCUUUGUAGAUAGUGGAGUCCUUUGCAAGGUGUGGUGCUCUGGCCCUUUCUGGAGAAAUUCCCCAGAACCUGCCUGAAGCACUCCAUCUAGCUCAGAGGACAUCCAGCUCCUGUGCCUAGCCUAUAAGAGAGGUGGGCCAACCUCCAGGGGUAGAAAGAAGCAGGCAGGAACUUUCCUGUCCCAAUCCCAGAACCACAGCAAGUAUAGGGGGAGCCUAGAGAUCUUUGUGGAGACACCGAAAGCCACUCCACUUCACACCAGCCUGCCUCUGCCCUGCCCCACUUCUCAGGGAAGUGAGUAUCUGCCAUGGUCAGUGUCACCAGAUCUUUAAAACCCUGGCCCCUCUGGGCGAGCUGCCCUGCUCUGCUACCCAUUCCCUACACUUGCUUGUUCUUGGUUUCCUGGGGAGUGGGACAGAUAGAGACAGAUAAAUCAGUGUGGGCAACAUCUAAGCUAUGACCAAGAUUGGCCAGAGUAAAGAGACCCUGGCUUCCCAGCAGGGCAGGAAUUUGAGCAGUGGUUCCAAAUUCUUAGCUUUGGAUGCCUGAUCUAUGUGUUUUGUCCUUGUUGCAUUUUAAAUUUUUGCUUUUAAGAAAUUUCAGUCUUCAGACUAGUCCUUUUUAUUAAACUUUAAAUUUUUCUUUAUUGAUGGUUAAAAAACAAAAAUAACCCCCAAAAAAGCCCCACUACCCUUUCUCCCCCACCUUGAUCCAUGAGAGGCCCCCAUCACCACUCACUCCCUUUUGCCUCUGCAGUUGAUCAUCCCUUCCUUUUUCUUCAGCUGGAAGCAUCUCUGUCCAGUGUCUGUGAAAUGAUGUUUCAUCUGUGUCUCAGGAUGAAAAGCGGCAAUCAUCCCACCAGGUGCUGGAAACUGGCUAGUCUUGAGGCAAGGGUUUCUAGGGCCACAGCUCAGGGAUGUGUAUUUAACUACAGGGUCCCCAGAAACCCCUCUCUCGGCUGCUGUAAGCAACAUCUGCUUUUCUGGGCUUGGGAGCCAAACUCAGACUGUUUCCUUCAGAGGCAGGAGCCCCAGAGAGCCUGCUGGCUUUCUUCUUGGCCUUCCAGGGCCACCUUGAGACUUGAAGACUUUUGACUGUCCUGCAACAUGAGCCUUGGUGGCCCUGCCUCUGCCAGCGCAUAAGAAGCCUGGCCCCUCCGCCCAGUCCAUUCUCCAUCUGACCUCCCUCUUCUGGGCCUGCAGCCCUAAGUGGGCCAUGGCUUGCUCAGGAAUCAGCUGUAGGCUUGAAAGGAAGCUGGGAGGAAGGCCAGAGCCUGCUCCAAGCCCAAGAAAAAUGCUGAGAUCCUGGCGGAGGCUAGUCUUCCAAAUCCUGGAGCCAGCCCUGCCGGCCAAAGGAUCCUCUUUGCUCUUUGGUGACCGUUGUUUUCUUUGCUGAAAUGUCUUAUUAUAAGUGAUAAUGUUGUUGACUCAAAUUUCCAUGAAAAAAAAAAAAAAAA